UGAUGCUGGAUAGGCUAUGAAUGUGUGUUUCGCUAUAUUGCACGUUUUACGGUAAUCGUCACAAUGACGGUGGCGGAAGUACAAUUUUGUGGUGGGAUAGCUACCGAUACUGAGACAGCGUUGUUUUUCCUCAAACAGGCAGUGAAUAGUUUUACUCGAUUUAUUAGCUACAUAUAGGAGAAUCCUGAAAGGGAGACUAGUCAGCCUGUUUGUGCUCGAGUGUCACAAACGCACAAGACAUGCAUGAGAAUGACUUUCAAACUCAGCUCGCCGCCGUUAUGGAGAUUUUGGUUAAAGCCGCGAUGCGCGAGACCACCAAACUUUACGAAACGGGCGUGCUGCAGCUGAGGAUCGAAAUGGCCCAAAUCAAACAGGAAAACGAAUCGCUGAAGUCACGGUUGCGGUUUUCUGAACUUAUGUGGAGACACAAGGAACGACAAGAAGAAAGACAAGGUGAUACGGUGGACGACCCGAACCAAAAAUGUCCGCGAACUGAGGCGGACUCCGGCCCAGGGGAGUGCCGCAGAGGCCCCCGGCCGUGUUCGGACCCCCCCGGUCCGCAGAACGGCGAUGAAGAGGAGGAGGAAGAGGGAAUGACGGUGUUGAACCCCUCCUCCGCUCUCAAGGAAGAAAGUCCUGAAAUGGAGUUUGUUCUCAUCAAACAGGAGGACUCUGACAUUGAGGAGUGUUUCCAUGAGGCCCCCCCGAUCCAACAGAAAAGAGGAGCUGUGCUGUCUGGCUCUCUGGCUCCUGUUGCCGUGGCGCCCGCUGAAGGCCAGCGGACAGGCCCAGAACCGGACCGGCCCAAACCGGGGCUCAGGGGACAGGGGUCCUGUGGCAAGCCGGCACCGGGGCGGAAGCGGAGUCCCCUGCCGAAUAGAGGAGGGUCCCUCCAAGGGGAGACCGGCGGGGGGGCCAACGUUUUGUCAUCACCAUGGGAAAUGAGGCAGGACCCUGCGGAGGCUUGGCCUGCCGCUCCUGAGCAGCAGGGGGUGGGUUACGCCCCUCUCCCGCCCCUCCCCCUUUCCCGAUACGGCAGCAGCUACCUCACCGAAUUUGCCCGGGGCGACCAGGGGGCCCAACUGCACGACAGCGUCAGCGCGACCCAGCGGGAUGGCUGCUCAGGUGAUGGGGCAGAACAGGAAGGGGCGGGGUAUGAACAGGAAGGGGCGGGGCACAUAGUCUCACAUCAGCUCCUGCACGGGUGGAGCUGCGUGCCUGGGGAGCCGGUGCGUGCGUUGCCUAGCGACAGCCGCCAGGGGCAGCAGGAAGUUUCGACGUUCCAGUGCGGCCAGUGUGGGCGGGUCCUGAGCUCGGCCGUGGCGCUGGAGGCCCACCGGAGCGUCCACACGGGCGAGAGGCCGUACCCCUGCCCCCAGUGCGCCAAAGCCUUCCCCAGCCUGCGCGGGCUGACCCGCCACAGCCACGUCCACUCCUCCGAGAGGCCGCACCGCUGCCCCCAGUGCGCCAAGACCUUCGUCUACCAGUUCAGCCUGACCAAGCACCAGCAGCUGCACUCGGGCGAGCGCGCGCACGCCUGCCCCCAGUGCGGCAAGGCCUUCGUCUUCAAGUCGGACCUGAGCGUCCACGCGCGCUCCCAUUCCGGAGAGACGCCGUACCGCUGCAGCCUCUGCGCCAAGGAGUUCCGCCACCGGAGGGCGCUCACCAUGCACCUGCAGGGCCACACGGGCGAGCGGCGCCACCACUGCCCCUACUGCCCCAAGAGCUUCCUGGACCUGGGCAACUUCAAGCGGCACAAGCGCAUCCACACCGGGGAGAAGCCGUAUGGCUGCCAGCUCUGCGGCAAGAACUUCACGCAGUCGGCCCACCUGAAGAAGCACUUCCUCACUCACAAGUGACUGGCUGGGCUGGGCUGGGCUGGGCUGGGCGGGACGAGGGCUGGGCUGGGGGGGAGCUGCGUUUCCCUUUCAGAAAUGCAGUUUCAGUGUUUAACGCUCACUCACCAAGUGCCCUCUGCAGGAAAGCAGCCCUCUGACGUCUGACCUCUACUGACUGACAGCAAACAUCAGGAAGAUGUUUGAGCAUCUGAUGUCUGUUGGGAGGAAUUUGAAUGCAGUUGCUUUUUUGUUUCAUGCAGACCGUCCCGCAGCGCAGUGCCCUGAGUGGGACGUCCUGUAGCACAGUGCUUUGAGAGAUGUUUUUGGGUGCUGUGGUGAAGCGGGCUGGCUUGUUUUGUGUGUGCUGAUAGGCCUUUCACACACAGCACUCACAUUCUGGCCUGUUUCUCAGCAGCUCUGUGUGAAAUCACUGCACCAAUCCUCUGCUCUCUGAGAGAGGGAAUUCCGCUAGGCUGGUGUUUAGGGGUUCACCUGGACCCCCAACACCCGCAAGCUGUCCCCCCGUGUUGAUGGCCACUGACGUGCUGGUGGUGUGUGAUGUCUGUUCGUAGGGUGGUGAAUUUGAGGGAUUUGUAAAGAUUUAAGUGUUGUGCUUUUGUAGAAAAUAACCACUGUGCUUUUUUUUUUUUUUUUUUUUGCAUUGGCCAUUGUCUUUAAUCAAUAAAGCUUUGGAACUCUUUC